AUGCAAUUUAAAUUAUACAUUCCAUUUAUAUGCAUCAUAACUAGUACUUCGUCGAAUCAAAUAGAUUUGAAAAAUAAAUUAAAUGUUAGAACGACCAGUGAUUUAUUUUUUAAAGCUGCGACCAACUGCACAGCCUUAAUAACGUACAAACAUAUACCAUGUGGCACUCUGAUCACGUUAAUUUCGACAGAGAAUUAUAUGGAACCAUUGAACAAAUUAUUAAGCGAUAAGAACUGUUACAAUUUCAACACAAGGUCAUUUCGAAGACAAGAUUGGUUGAUCCGGUCUGAUUUUUACAUAACUUCAGUAAAAAACUUCUUUCAGUUUUACUUAAAUUUUAACAACUUGUCGACAAAUACAGCGUGGAAUCCGAGAGCACAGUUUAUUAUUCUAAUAUAUGAAUUGAAAACGUCAGAAUAUAAUGAAGUGUUUAAAUUACUGUUCAAAUUAAAUAUUUUUAAUAUUAUUUUGUUGACAAAAUCAGAUAUUGGUAACUUAAAAAUAAAUACCUAUAGUCCAUUCGAUAACAACGCCUGUGGGAGAUCCUUCGGUGAGAUUAUAAAUAUAAAGAACUGCGAAGAUGUUGAUAACAUAAGAACGAAUUACGAUUAUUUAGAAGUUAAAUAUCGCAAUUGUACAAUCACAAUUGCAGGAUCUGAAGAUGUACCGAAUUUUAUUUAUGCAACAAAUAAAGAAUACUCUUAUUUGCAAAAAAAUAAUCAGGGUCUAGAGCAAUACAUGCUCGCAAAUUUUGCAAUUCGCGAAAACAUAACACUGGAAUAUAUUCUAGUAGGAACAGAACUUGGGUAUGGAGUUGUUUUGCCGAACUGGACCGCUUCAGGCUCAUUGAGUUAUUUACAAAAUAAUACGGUCAGCAUCGUGACUGGAGGCUACCUGCUAAUGUUGAAUCGCGUACAAUUGUUUGAUUGCAUCUGGGGUUACAAUACCGCAACUUUCCUUUUAUUUACUCCAGCACAAGGUGAGAUUCAUUGGACAAAAUUUUAUCAGCAAUUUAGCGGGACCACCUGGUUUUUAAUAGCACUUUGUUAUUUUGUAAUUACUAUUCUAACGAUUUUUACUCGCCUCUAUUUCAUGGAACUCUAUGAUGCAAAACGAAUGGCGCUCAUAUUGUGGGGGUAUAUCUUCGGAAACACGAACGAAAAAUUAAUACGCUCACGAAAAUUACGAACAAUUGUGAUAAUUUGGAUAUGGUUCAUAUUUUUUAUUAACAGUUUUUAUAGCACAGCUUUUUAUAAAUUGUUAACGACUAAGAGUAUUGAAAAACUAAUGUAUGCCAAGAAUUCGUUAGACUCCUUGCCAUUAAAGCCAUGUAUAAGUGAUAACACGCGAAUAUUUUUUAAAUAUGAAUACAAUGUGACAUUACCAGGUAAACCGAUUGAUCGAUGUAAAAAUAUCAGCAGGUCAUUAGAUACGGUAGCGAAUGGCAAUCAAUUUUAUGCCAUUGAAUUGGAUUACAGUUAUAAUAUCAGAGAAUUUAAAUACAUAGAUGACAAAGGUCACCGUAAAUUGGAUAAAUUUCAGUAUUCAAAUAACAUCAUGUCAGCCAUUUAUAUGACACGAGGAUUUCCUUUACGGGAAAAAUUACAAAGAUAUGCUCAUUACCACAUGGAAGCGGGAUUGUUGAAGAAUCAAGCCGAACUAAUAAACCACCGGUACAACAUGUUCAACAAACAUUAUAGUCACUCAUUUGAAAAAUUAUGUUUAUCCGAUGUACGAAUUCCCUACAUGAUAUUGUUCGUCGGUUACAUCAUUUCCUUAAUUUGCUUUAUUAUUGAAAUUAAAAACUAUAAUAAAAAUUGACUAACUACGCCAUCUU